AUGAAAGUCGGAUUCAAUGCAUGUAUUCCUGGCCGCCCCAUAAUCUACUGUCGCGGAAACCUUGCUUUUACUCCAGAUGGGAAUUCACUAUUAUCGCCGGUAGGAAAUAGGGUUACUUGCUUUGACUUAGUGAGCAAUAAGUCUUUCACUUUUAGCUUCGAGCACCGCAAGAACAUUGCCCGGAUAGCACUCUCGCCGCAGGGAACACUACUACUCUCAAUUGACCAAGACGGGCGAGCAAUCCUCACAAACUUCUCUCGGCGCACCGUCCUACACCACUUCAACUUUAGGUCGGCCGUUCACGACGUUAAGUUCUCGCCGGACGGAAGCCACUUUGCCGUAGCUGCGGGGCGGAAGAUUGAGGUCUGGCGGACUCCGUCAUACAUGGAGGAGAGGGAGUUUGCACCAUUUAUUAAGCACAGGGAAUACACGGGGCAUUACGAUACUAUUAAUAAUAUCACUUGGUCUGGGGAUUCGAGGUUUUUCUUGACGGCUUCGAAGGACUUGACGGCGAAGGUGUAUUCAUUGGAUCCAGUAGAGGGGUUUGUGCCGACUAGUUUGGCAGGGCAUAGAGACUCGGUUAUUGGGGCCUAUAUUUCGAAGGAUCAGGAGUCGAUAUAUACCGUCAGCAAGGAUGGCGCAUUAUUUGAGUGGAAAUGGCGGGCACGUUACAAAGAGGACGAUAAUGAUGAUAAUGAGGAAAUGAAGUAUGGGGGUAGACCAAAAGACGAGCGAUGGAGAAUAUCUCAAAAACACUACUUUUUACAACACCAUGCCAAGGUAAAUUGUGCUACGUUCCAUCGAGACUCGAAUCUAUUGGUGGUGGGAUUCUCUUCAGGCAUAUUUGGAUUAUAUGAGAUGCCGGAGUUUAAUAUGAUACACACCCUAAGUAUCUCACAACACGGAAUAGACUUCGUCACAGUCAACAGAACCGGCGAGUGGCUUGCAUUCGGAGCGUCAAAGCUGGGCCAACUCCUAGUCUGGGAAUGGCAAUCAGAGUCAUACAUCUUGAAGCAGCAAGGCCACUUCGAUGCCAUGAACUCAUUAGCAUACUCACCAGACGGCCAACGCAUAAUCACCACCGCGGACGACGGCAAGGUCAAGGUCUGGGACGCUGCAUCCGGCUUCUGCAUAGUAACCUUUACAGAGCACACUUCCGGUGUGACAGCCUGCGAGUUCGCGAAGCGGGGAAACGUCUUAUUCACCGCAUCCCUAGACGGUAGUGUCCGGGCUUGGGAUCUGGUCCGGUAUCGCAACUUCCGAACCUUCGCAGCCACCAGCAGGCUGCAAUUCUCUACACUUGCGGCCGACCCUAGCGGUGAAAUCGUGUGUGCGGGCAGUCUAGACAACUUUGACAUCCACGUCUGGAACGUACAAACCGGACAAUUACUUGAGGAGCUCUCGGGCCACGAGGGACCCAUAGCAUCACUAAGCUUCGCCCCUGACGGCCGAUUCCUCGCAUCUGGAAGUUGGGACAACACAGUUCGAAUCUGGAGCCUCUUCACAAGAACCCAGACCAGCGAGCCCCUCCAACUCCAAUCCGACGUCCUGCGCGUAUCAUUUCGCCCAGACUCCCGACGACUCGCGGUGAGCACGCUAGACGGCCAAAUCACAUUCUGGGACGUGGAGAACGCAGAGCAAACAAGCAAUAUCGACGGACGGAAGGACAUCUCCGGCGGGCGUCGAGCGAUAGAUCGAACCACCGCUGCGAACGCCCCUGGUAGCAAGCACUUCACCACAAUAAAUUACUCCGCCGACGGAACCUGCAUCCUUGCGGCAGGGAAUAGCAAGUACAUUUGCCUCUAUGACAUAGCUUCUGGCACACUUGUCCUGAAGUUCACGGUAUCAGUAAACCUCUCCAUCGACGGUACCCAGGAAUAUCUCAAUUCGAAACUGCUCACGGAAGCAGGGCCAAUAGACCUCCUCGAUGACGCUGGGGAAGCCUCCGACCUGGAAGACCGCAUCGACAGAUCCCUCCCUGGCGCUUCCCGGGGUGACAUGUCGGUGCGUAAAGCCCGUCCGGAAGUCCGCGUAACAGGCCUCUCCUUCUCGCCAACCGGCCGCUCUUUCGCCGCGGCCUCUACUGAAGGACUGCUAAUAUACUCUCUCGAUCACGUACUAAUAUUUGACCCCUUCGAUCUAGACGUUGACGUUACCCCAGCUGCCACUCUCUCCACACUCCGUGACAAGGGGGACUACUUGAAAGCGCUGGUGAUGGCUUUCAGGCUUAACGAGCGGUACCUCAUUCACCAAGUCUAUGAGGCGAUACCGCAGCAGGAUAUCAUGCUUGUGGUUAGGGACUUGCCAUUGGUAUACCUGAGCAAGCUGAUACACUUUGUAACGGAGAUGUCGGAGGAGGGGCCUCAUCUGGAGUUUUCCUUGUUGUGGUUGGAAGCAGUGAUUAGUCGGCAUGGGAAGUACAUUCGGGAGGAGAGGGGCGAGUUUGAGACGGAGAUUAGGGGGGUUGUGAAAUGUGUUCAAAGGAUCCAGAAUGAAUUAGCGAGAUUGUGA